AUGAAAUCCUUCUUGGUUGCUUUCCCGGUCCUCGCGUCCCUGUUCCUCGUCGCGAAAGCCGAUGUAGUGGAAAUCCCGACAACAUCAUUCAAUAGCUAUACAGACCUUGAGAAAUACUGGAACUAUCUCUACCCAUGGGGCUCUGACCACAAUGGCGCUGCGCGCAUGGUCGGUAGUAGCACCGACCACAGUCACAUUAGCGUGUCCAACGGUGUUCUGACGCUGAAGGCUACACCGACGACGGGCCAACCUCCGAGCACGGCGAACCCCAAACCCGCGAUUAACUACCUGUCCGGGACGAUCUACGCCAAGGACCAGAUCACCGUGGACGGGACGAAUGCUAAGGGUUACACGGUCUCUGGGGAGUUUAUCGCGCCCACAGCCAAAGGGACGUGGCCCGCGUUCUGGCUGACCGCCGUGCACGGGUGGCCUCCGGAGGCUGACAUCGGGGAAUGGAAAGGGACGGCGCAGACCUGGUUCAACACGUUCAACACGUCCUCGGCCGUCCAUAGCACGAUCGUGGACUGGCCGACAGACGGGAAGUUCCACUCGGUCAGCGCGACGCUGAGGACGGUCGCCGGAUCGACGACCGACCUGUCGAUCGCGUACUCUCUUGACGGGGUGCACAAGGCGACGGACAUCGCGCUCAACUUCCGAGGGGCCGCCAUGUACUUAAUCAUCGAUUUGCAGAUGGAAGGAAGCUCGGGGUCACCAGGCCCGACCGGGACGACGACGUUCCAAGCUCGCAACGUCCAAGUUACGAAGUUGACGUCCUAGUCAUGGCCCGUGUUCCGUGGUUCGAGAGGGACGAGGGCGGGUGAUGAAGGUGGAUGACCGAAUUUGGCGUAUCGUGAUUGGGAUGGACACGAGGUUCCCAGUGGCGAGCUUGGCUGUCAGUUAUGGUGUAAGGCUGGGGUUCGCAAUGGGGGAGUCUGUUAUGUACAUUU